GUGGAAGUUGAUGGAGUGAUAAUAACACAUCAAACAGAGAGUGAGCAGUCUCUGGGCGAAGCUGGAGGAUAAAUGGAGCACUCCCUAGUCGUGACAAGUUUUGGGUCCCAUUCCAAUAUGUUUAAAUAAGUUAUUUGCUUCCGCUUGUUCUCUAUUAUUUGUAUAUCUUCAAUCAAAAAUCGUCGUGUUGUCGCUUAAAUGAGGACAAAUUAAGACUGGAGCAGGCCAGGCAUGAGUGGAGCACACCUGGACGAAUGGCAGAGGAGGUCCUUUGACAUUUCAUCUGGCAACUGUACACCCGAACAGACGGCCGAUGCCUACCGGGCCCACAUUCUCUCCAUUCAGUAUGCAUGGGCAAGUUCCCAGCUCUCUCAGGCCGGCAUGGCCAGCCUGCUCAGGACCUACUCGGAGCGCUAUGCCGCAGUGCUGGACUCAGAUGACCCCCGCACAGGGCUUAACAACUAUGCAGAGAGUGCUCUGCAUCUGGCCCGCAGUCAGAGGAACUACAGUGACAAAUGGGAGUCCUCCCUGACCAUGGAGAGUGUGCUGGAGCUGCCUUGCGUGCAGAAGAUGAUUCAAGCAGGGACAGGUGGAGGAGGCUCCCUUGUGGCACCAGGAGAUGUUGACAUAUCUGUGGGGCAAGAGAACAGAGGCAGCUCCCUGUCUGCUGCCUUUAGUGGAGUCAGGUCAGAGGCUGCUUUGUUCAAACCCAUAGGACCACCACAACCUAAAACAGAGGUUAACAUUACAGCCAGUAAUCCUGCUGCUAAUAUAACGUCAGAGAGGCCCAGAGGUUGUGAUGGGAUCUCAGGAAAUCCAAACUCCUUCUCCCGACCUCCAGCCCGACCACAGUCUGUGUUUAGUCAUCCUACUUCAGUUCCUCCACAGGGAAACCCUGGCCCUGCAGCAGGCACGCAAAACCAUCAGUCGUCCUUCUUCUCCACCUCCAACCCAUCUAAGCGCAAGAAUUUCUACAACACAGAUGGAGGGGAUGUGGGCAGGGGACAACACGGAGGUCAAGCAGGUACUGACCCACGAGCAGGAAGCAACUUCAAAACUGCACGCGAGCAGUUCAUCGUUGAUCAACAUAAAAAACAUUCCCAUCAAUCCCAGAGAGGUCAGACCGCUGGGAUGGCUGCAACUGUGAAGAAGUCUCUGGGUGCUAACAGACCUCGAGGUACAUCCUCUAAAUUUGUGUCACCUGUUCCACGACAGGAGGAGGAGGAAGGUGGGACGAGUCAUAAUUCUAAUCAGGAACCUCAGAUCCUGGAUGAGCGUCUUAAAAACUUUGAGCCAAAGAUAAUCGAGCUCAUCAUGAGUGAGAUCAUGGACCACGGGCCUCCUAUUUCCUGGGAUGACAUAGCAGGCCUGGAGUUUGCCAAAACCACCAUAAAGGAGAUUGUGGUUUGGCCAAUGCUGCGACCUGACAUCUUCACUGGCCUCCGUGGUCCACCCAAAGGCAUCCUGUUGUUCGGCCCCCCAGGCACUGGAAAAACUCUGAUAGGAAAAUGCAUAGCUUGCCAAUCAGGUGCCACUUUCUUUAGCAUCAGUGCUUCAUCGCUCACAUCUAAGUGGGUGGGUGAAGGAGAAAAAAUGGUGCGAGCCCUGUUCGCCAUCGCCCGCUGCCACCAGCCUGCUGUCAUUUUCAUCGAUGAAAUUGACUCACUGUUGUCCCAGCGGACAGACGGGGAGCACGACUCAUCACGCAGAAUAAAGACAGAGUUCUUGGUUCAGCUGGAUGGGGCAGCCACAGCAGCUGAGGACCGCAUCCUAGUGGUGGGCGCCACCAACCGGCCUCAAGAGAUAGACGAGGCUGCCCGACGACGCCUAGCAAAGCGGUUAUACAUCCCCCUGCCUGAGGCAACCGCCCGAUGGCAGAUAGUUUCUAACCUCAUGUCACAAGAGAAGAAUCAGCUGAGGGAGCAAGAGCUGGAGAGUGUGGUGACAGCGACUGAAGGCUUCUCAGGGGCUGAUAUGACUCAGCUGUGCAGAGAGGCAGCGCUGGGGCCCAUCCGCAGCAUCCAGCUCACUGACAUCGCCACUAUCACUGCAGAUCAGGUGCGACCAAUCCUGUACACUGACUUCCAGGAAGCUCUGAAGACGGUACGACCCAGUGUCUCAUCAAAAGACUUGGAGCUGUAUGAAGAGUGGAAUAAGACAUUUGGAUGUGGACGUUAAACCUGACUCCUUACCGGCAUUAUCCUCUACCUCUGUUAAAGUUAUGGAUGUUAUUUUGUUAUGUUAUUCUCAAGUUGGAGUUUAGAUAAACAGUUCAGCUCUGGACAAAUCCUAAAUACUGUCUUUAUUGAACACAGAGCACACAGAGUUCCUGGAUCAACAUCACUGUGACAGUCUAAUCAAAAAGCUCCACAAAUAUUGUUUUCUAAAUGCUGAGAUGUGUGUUAGAUACUGAGCAGGUGUAUCUGUUAUUUUGUCCACCCCCUCUGUGUCCACUUGGUCGUUUUAGUUCAUCUCUUUGCAGCCGUUGCGUAGCCGUUUGCGCAGCUGUUUUGUGAUUCAUUAACACCGGUCUUUAAUUACACCUGGAAUAGAAAUACAAACACAUCAGCUGAAAUAAGUGAACUGUGGGUUAACUCAGUUUUGAAUGUCUAAAAUGUGGAUGCAUCCUUGUUAUCUUUAUUCUUAUUCACAGUCAUCUUUGUGGUGACAGCUGUGUUAAUAGCUCCCAGCUGUUUGCAUUAUGCAUUGAACUAAUUUUUACAGCCAGGCUGAUUUGUUUAAAUGUUCAUUUUACUGUAGCUUUUUGUUUUGAUGUAAACAUGAGGCACCAUGUUGUGUUCAGAUGAAACAAUGACAUCUGUUUAAAUUCAUUCAUAG